AAGAACGUUACAAUUAAACCUAGCUAGCUGAUCCGCAUCUGUUCUAUAUAAACCCAUCACCUCUAAGCUCUCAAUGCAUUCACCUGCAACUUCCUCAAUACAAGCUCCAGUACUGAGAGUUCAAGCUAGGCAUGGCUGUUAAACUCUUCCUCAUUGCACUGCUUGCCUUGGCUUCCUGCAGUGCAAUAUUGGCUUCCGAUCCUAGUCCCCUGCAGGACUUCUGCGUCGCCGAUCUUCAAUCGAAAGUAUUCGUGAAUGGAUUUCCAUGCAAGAACAUGAACGACGUGAAAGCGGAAGACUUCUUCUUGAGCGGCCUCGAUAGGCCCGGUGAUACCAACAACUACGUCGGCUCCAGUGUCACCCCCGUAAACGUGAACCAAAUCCCAGGGUUGAACACGCUCGGCAUCUCCUUGGUUCGCAUUGACUAUGCUCCUAAUGGUCUCAACCCUCCUCACACCCACCCACGCGCCACGGAGAUCCUCGCUGUGCUUGAAGGAGAGCUCUACGUUGGCUUCGUGACCUCCAACAUCAACAACGUCAACCGCCUCUUCACCAAGAUUUUGAAAAAGGGUGAUGUGUUUGUGUUCCCGGAGGGCCUCAUCCACUUCCAGUUUAACAUAGGGAAAACUAAUGCGAUCGCGUUGGCCGGUCUCAGCAGCCAAAACCCCGGCGUCAUCACUAUCGCCAACGCUGUGUUCGGGUCGAAGCCACCCAUUUCUGAUGAUGUGCUCGCCAAGGCUUUCCAAGUGGACAAAAACCUUAUUGACUGGCUCCAGGCGCAGUUCUGGACCUACAACUAAUAGCAACCUGCUUCCGAACAAUCAUCUACCAGCAGCUUUUCGUUAUUUGUGUUUGUGUUAUAUAUGUUGGAAUGAGAAAGUCAGCAGUAGCGUCUCUACUGUUAUAGCGCGUGUGAUGUUGUCAUGCAUUGUAUGUAUCAGUCGAAAUCAAUAUGUAAUGAAUAAGAAGACAAUCCGUUUGAGUUUA